AUCAAAACAUCACUUAUCCAGUUAUCAAGUACUUCGUAAAUUUUUAGUUGUAUCAUUUUUUUAAAUUGAAAGUAUUAAAUUAGUUGUGCUCCAUAUCACUUUUUUUUUUAGUUAAUAAACUCUCUCUUAUCAUAUGGGUCCACUUUAUAUUCUCUCAAUUUCUUUCAUCUCCAAAAAUUACCUAAGUCCACAAUUUAUAAAGUAAUGUAAUUGAAAAAACAAAAUAAGUAUUUACCAAGUUGAUCAAUUGGGCUAGCUAACUCUUAGGAUUCCUUGGUUAUAUUUUCAUUUAACUUUUUGGGAAGCCUUAAAUUGUAGGGCUAUCAUCUUUCCCCGUCUUCGUCAGCAUUCAGCAACAAUCCACUGUUCCUCUUUCUCAAAUAAUCUUCCAAUUUCACCUGAGUUCAAUACAACUAGAGAAGACAAGUUUCCUUACAUUUUUUUUUUUUUUUAUUUAUUAUUGUUUCCUUUUCCCAAACAGAGCUCGAUAACGACACCGUUCUGUCCCAUGUGCCUUCCUUCCACAAUCUUUAGCUCUUUCUUCUCUCCCUGCUUCAACUAUUACAGUUAAAACCCGCUUCCAAACCACACCGACCCUAACCCAACUCGUCCAAUAACCAAGUCUAAUAUGGUUUAACCGAUAAAAGGCCGAAAAUCGGCAUCUAUUUCAUCAAAAGCUGCCACCUUCAUUAGUUCAUUCAUUCAGCUACAAAAAAUUAUGAGUAACCAUGCAUGCAGAACUCAUAAGUGCAGUUACUAAUCUAUUAUGCACGGGAUCAAACUCGGGAGUCUAGACUGGAUGAGAGAGAAAAUAGACAAUAAAAAAAAGAAAGUGUGUGUAAAUGUGUAAUUGUAUACUGUAUGUACGAGUAUUCUCUAUUGUUGUUGCAGAAACAAAAGUCACGGGUUUGUCUUGAAAGUCCCUUUAUUUUUGCACAGUCCCAGACGACAGACAUACUACCAGACACUUAUUCUCUCUCUCUUCUAACACCUCAUUUACCUAAAUUUUGCUCAUUUCAAAAAUUAAAAACCAAAAAAAAAAAAAAAAAAUACAAAAAGGCCUUAAUAUAAUAGGGUAUCUCCUUUUUCUAGUCACAAAGUCUUGAACCUCCUUUUUUUUCAUUCUUUUACCUUGUCUAUCAAGCUAAAGGUUUCAUUUUCUCUCUCCCUAAAACAAAAAAAAAAAAUGGCAGUUAUGGUGGACAAUUGUGAAGCAUUAAUGUUGUCAUUAGACAGCAGUAAAUCAGUUCCAGCACCGUUCCUUACUAAAACAUAUCAUUUGGUUGAUGAUCCUUCUACUAAUCACAUCGUUUCUUGGGGCGAAGACGACACCACCUUCGUCGUCUGGCGUCCUCCGGAGUUCGCCCGCGACCUCCUCCCUAACUACUUCAAGCACAACAACUUUUCCAGCUUCGUCCGCCAACUCAACACCUAUGGUUUUAGGAAGAUAGUACCGGACAGAUGGGAGUUCGCGAACGAGUUCUUCAAGCGAGGCGAGAAGCAUUUACUCUGCGAAAUCCACCGGAGAAAAACAGGACAACCACACCAACCGACUCAUUUGAAUUUCGGUCAUCCAUCAGCCGCCUCGUACUUAGGCGGCUGUUUCCCAUCCGUAAGCCUAUCACCACCAAACUCGACCGAUGAUGACCACCGUGACUUCGACUCAUCUUCCGGCUCUCCGCCUUCAUCUUCACCUUCAGCCGCCUCCAAAUCCUACACCGACGCCCUCACUUCCCUCUCCGAAGACAACGACCGUCUUCGGAGGUCCAACACUAUGCUCAUGUCCGAGCUCGCUCAUAUGAGGAAACUCUACAAUGACGUCAUAUACUUUGUUCAAAAUCAUGUUAAACCUGCUGCUGAUCCUGUCACUGCUAACUCUUGUUACCCGUCGGCCUCAUCGUUGCUGCUGUCAUCUUCUGCUGCUAAUAUCAGUAAUACUACUACCACUACGACUACCAACAAUUUCGUGGCGCAUCAAAACUACCCGUCCAAUAACAGCUUUAAUCAGUUUAUCAAGAAGGGUAAUUGUAGCAGUAAUUACAACAACAAUGUGGGUGAUUUUGGUCGAUUUUCUUCAUCUUCGACGGCUACAAAGAGGAGUAAUUUGAGGGUAUUGGAAGAUAAUGAGAGUAGUAGCACUAACUGUAAGACCAAGUUAUUUGGUGUUCCGAUUCAAUCAAAAAAGCGAUUACAUCCAGAUCAGAUGAUUGAGAACAAUUACAAGGCUCGUUUGGUGUUAGAUAAGCAUGAUCUCGGGUUAAAUCUCAUGCUUCCAUCUCCUUCUUCUUAGUUUAUUAAAAUUAGUUAGUUUUAUUAUUAUUAAUCACUUUUUUAGAAUAUAUUGUUAAGAAGAAAAUGGAAGAUUUUGUGAAAAGUACGUGCUACUAUGUAAUUUCAUGUACAUAAAUUAGCUAGACCCCGACCUAAUUAAGUAGCAUUAAUCGAACUUGUUUCGUAAAUUCUUGUAUUAGACGGUUUAAGGAGUUCAAGUAUGUACCUCAGAAUCCUAUUUUCCCACCUCAGAAUAUUCAUUGAAGCAAGUGGGUAAGUUUUGGUUUAAAAAUUAAUUACGGAUAGUUCAAUUAAUUAAAGUUCCAUUUAUUAUUAUUAUUACUGUAUUAUAAUAAUACUGUAUAUGU